AUGCAAUUCGAACAAUUCCGAACGUCCAAAGUAAUUGCCACCAAGCAGCAAUAUGCACUAAUGGUUGAGCUGUUACAGCAAAAACCUGAAAUGGCGCAGGGCUUUACCAAGUGCCCUAAAGAAGAAGUGGCAUCUUUUUGGAACAAUAUGGCCCAAGAACUCAACAGUUUUGGUCCGCCUAUCAAGGAUAUUUUCAGCUGGAAGAAGGUAUGGCUUGACUGGAAGGCCUACUUGAAAAGAAAAUUGUUGGAAAAUAAAAAGGAGCAGUCAGCUACUGGUUCCGGCAGAAAUAGGCAGCACCAUUUCAGCGAAUUGGAGGAAGCGGUGAUAACACUAACGGCAUUAGAGACGAGUACAAGUGGAAUUAAAAAUACAAACAUCGAGGACAUACGUAAAGGCCGCCUUAUUUAA